UAUACGCAUAUCAUAUCAUACCCAUCGUCCUAACUAUUCUUAUCUAGAUUUCAAGAGUACUCCAGUUUCUCGAUCAUAGCAAGAUCUUCAUCGAAGCGUCGUUACCACAACAAGCCGAGCAUCCGCCCUCCCUUCACCGUACUCUUCUUACCACCACACGAUCCACGUCCAACAACAAUGACCCUCCAACAAGAAUUCAAUUCAUGGUGGGCACCGAAGUCCAACGAAGAAGCCCCAACCUCAUCUGUCCCUCAAAUCGGCUCUCAAGCUCCUCAGCCCGUUAUUCUUGCCCUCCAGUCCAACCAACGCACAGUCCUCGCCUUCCUCCGCCAUUGUGGGUGUCCAUUCGCCGAGAAGACUUACCUCCUCCUCCGCGAAGCAGCCAAGACCCACCGCGACAUCGACUUCCUAGCAAUCUCACACUCCGACCAAACUUCCACAGAUAAAUGGUUGAAAUCGAUUCCGCAAUUCGGUAGUGAACCGGCGAAUUUACGGAUCAUAGUCGAUGCUGAUAGGGAAGCCUACAACGCCUACGGCCUCAGCGUCUCCUCCUGGGGCCACGUCCUCUCAGCAGGAAGUAUGUGGAACGUAUGGAAUUUAGCCAAGAAUGAAGGGAUCAGCAAUCGACCGACGGAGAGUGGGAGUCGAUGGCAGACGUCUGGGACUUUUGCGAUAGGGGAGGAUGGGAGGGUGAAGUGGGGUGGAGCUGCGAAUCGUGCGGAUGACAUUCCGAAUUUCGAAGAAGCUGUUAAAGCAUUGGACAGUGGGAAAGUGGAGACAAAGUUGUGAAAUUAACGGCGAGUGUCUUGGAGGACAGUACAAGUUCCAGUGUGAAGUAGCGAACGCGAUGUAUGAGAGAUACCCAUGAAUUUGCGUAAAAAUUAAAGCCUGGUUCAGGUUCGUGAUUG